GUGUGAGUGUUGAACUUACUUUGUUUUUCAAAUAAAAGUACGAGAAAUGUGCAAAGUUGCAUAUUAAUUCAGCGCAGUCCGUCGUGUGGAGAAAAAAACAAGGAAUGUUAUGGCGUGCUGUUUAGGCUUGAAAACAGUACCGAUGCGUAAUUUGUGCGCUUAUUUGACGCUUCCAAGCACACCCUUCACCAGGGAGAGUAAGGCUAAUAAAUGCCUGCAGAAGAGCAGCCCGUGUCCCCAUCCUUCCUGCCUCUGGUCAUGUUAGUCCUCCACCUUUUGUAAAAGCCUGGAAGGGUCUUUGGUUUAGCGUUAGUGCUUUUCCUCUUGUUGCACAGCGCCGAGAGAGAGAGCGAGAGCGCUAACUGAUAGGAGCAAAGUUGUGCGUUCCUUUCAGCUGACUGAAAAGAUUUUUUCCGUAGCAGGCACACUAAUGGAAGCUUUGUUGGUGCAGUAUCGGGAAAGGAUACGAACCGAGUUGGACAGAGCUGUGGAUUUCUGGCUGAAAUACUCUCAUGACAAGCAAUACGGUGGUUUUUUUACUUGUAUUGGAAAAGAUGGGAAGAUCUAUGAUGAACUCAAAUACGUGUGGUUACAGGGCAGACAGGUGUGGAUGUACUGCAGACUGUACCGCACUACAGAGAGGUUUUGUCGGCCUGACAUCCUCGAAGCUGCCAAAUCAGGUGGCAGUUUCCUUCAGCGAUUUGCUCGAGUCCAGCCGGCAGAUGGCCCAGGAAAAUGUGCCUUCUGUCUUACGCGAGAUGGCCAUGUUGUAAAGGUUCAGAGGACUAUCUUCAGCGAGUGUUUUUACAUCAUGGCCAUGGACGAGCUGGCCAGGGUGACAGGAGACAAAGAGAUGCAGAAUGAUGCAGAGAGAAUGAUGGAUCAGGUAGUGCAUUGGGUCCGGAUCGACUCGUCAGGUCUAGGUCGACCUCCGCAAUGUGGAGAUGCCCCGGUCAACAGCAUGGCGGUUCCCAUGAUGCUCCUGUGCCUCGUGGAUCAGCUGACGGAGGGCAGGGCAGGGCUGGCAGGGAAAUACAGAGAGCUGGGAGACUGGUGUGUCACACAGAUACUGCAACAUGUACAGAGAGAUGGAAAGGCCAUUCUUGAAAACGUCUCCCUGGAUGGACAGGAGCUUCCGGGUUGUCAGGGGCGACUGCAGAACCCAGGUCAUGCGCUCGAGGCUGGCUGGUUCCUCCUGCAGUAUGCGAAGGCACAAGGGGACGCCGAGCUGCAGAAAGUGGCUGUAGCAAAGUUCAUGGACGUCCCUUUCCUUACGGGCUGGGACAAGCAGCAUGGAGGACUCUUCUACUUCCAGGAUGUAGAUGGUCACUGUCCCACCCAGUUGGAGUGGAAUAUGAAGCUGUGGUGGCCUCACUGUGAAGCUCUUAUUGCUUACCUGAUGGCCUACAGUCACUUCAGAGAGCCAGCAAUGCUGGACAAAUUCACACAGGUCUAUGACUAUACCUUCAGUCACUUUCCUGAUGAGAAGGCUGGAGAGUGGUUUGGAUAUCUGAGUCGUCAGGGUGAUGUAGUGCUAGACUUCAAAGGGGGACCCUUCAAAGGGUUCUUCCAUGUUCCUCGAUGUCUCUACAUGUGUGAGAAGAUGCUGGAUCAUCUGCUUGCAAAGCUACAGGCUUACAUUUGAGGUCCACCUGCAUGAUGCUCUAUAGCUCAGCACCCUUCUGCUCUCCCCAUUGCACUCUAAAAUAUUUUCUGUAGCCAACCCGUGAAUCAUUAAACAUGGUGUAUAUUUCCUAGGCAGUGUUUUUCAUGUCAUGCGUAGGAAUAGAAAAUAAUUGUUUUGGUAAAGCAUCAAUAUAAUCUUCGCAGGAGCCAGUAUGUAGACAAGAUACCAGUUCCAGAAAAUGCAAUUUACAUAAACAGUUAAACUGACUUAAAUCUCAUCAUUUGAUUGUUCAUAACCACACUUGUACAAGCUUUAUGGAUUAAGUAUGACCUAUUGUUUUGCAUAAGCCUUGCAUUACUGUUGUCCAUGUGCCUUUAAAUACAGUUUACACUCCACAGUAAUUAAAGAUUAAUUUGUGCAAACUUCCAA